AUGGCCACUUUCGCUGAAGAGGACUAUGCCAUUGAGAGGCCACUAGUCGCAUCAACGGGCCUUAGACAAGGACUCACCUCCUAUGGAGAUGCGCACUUUUCUCUAUUCCUAAGAAAGGUAUUUAUUAAAGCCCUCGGAUACAGUGAAGACGCUCUAUCCAGGCCAAUUAUCGGAAUCAUCAACACCUACUCGAGCUUCAAUCCAUGUCACGCCAACGUACCGCAGCUCAUUGAGGCAGCUAAGCGAGGGGUACAGCUGAGCGGUGGACUUGCUAUCGACUUCCCCACGAUUAGCAUCCAUGAAUCGUUCUCAUAUCCCACGAGUAUGUUUCUGAGGAAUCUUAUGAGUGUGGAUACCGAGGAAAUGAUCAAAGCUCAACCCGUCGAUGCUUGUAUUAUGAUUGGAGGAUGCGACAAAACCGUGCCCGCUCAGAUCAUGGGUGGUCUAUCAGCAAACAAGCCCAUCUUGCCUUUGGUCACUGGUCCAAUGAUGCCGGGAAGCUACAAAGGCAAGAGAAUUGGCGCUUGUACAGAUUGUCGGAACAAUUGGGCUUCCUUCAGAGCCGGAAACCUAGACGUGGAGGAUAUCGCUUCCCUAAACGAAGAAUUAGCUCCCACGGCUGGAACUUGCGGCGUGAUGGGAACUGCUAGCACUAUGGCGUGCAUUACAGCAGCCUUGGGGUUGAUGCCUCUCCGUGGUGCAUCUGCGCCUGCCGUCUCAUCAGCACGACUUCGAAUCGCAGAAGAAACAGGGGCAAACGCUGUGGCCGCAGCGGGCGCAAAACGUGCACCUCAAUCUAUCUUGACCAAGGAGUCAUUUUAUAACGCCAUUACCGUGCUUCAAGCAAUUGGUGGAUCAACCAACGCCGUGGUACACUUAAUGGCAAUUGUGAACCGUCAUCCCGACCUUUGUGGAAGUGGUGACAUAACUCUCCAGACCUUCGAUGACAUUGGUAGGAAGGUUCCUUUGCUCAUUGACUUGAAGCCCAGUGGCGACAACUAUAUGACGGACUUCCACAAUGCAGGGGGCAUGGUCGCCUUGCUGCACACUCUCAGACCGUUGCUUCACCUCUCCGCUAUGACAAUCAGCGGUGUCACUCUCGGCGAGGUCUUAGACAAGACCCCCUUCCGGACAUUCCCAUACUCCCAGGAGAUCAUUCGGCCAUUAACAAACCCUCUCUAUCCCGCAUCUUCAUUGGUGGUUCUCAGGGGGAACCUUGCACCUGGCGGGGCCAUCAUUAAGGCAUCUGCUUCCAAAGACCGGCGCCUUCUAUGCCACACCGGACCUGCUGUUGUCUUUAAGAACAGUGCCGAUCUUGCGCUCCGCAUUGAUGACCCCGAUCUAAAGGUGACCAAAGACUCUGUUCUUGUUUUGCAGGCGAUCGGGCCUAUUGGAAAUCCAGGUAUGCCUGAGGCUGGAAUGAUCCCAUUGCCUCGAAAGCUUGCUGCCGCGGGUGUCACCGAUAUGCUGAGGGUGUCAGAUGGGAGGAUGUCUGGCACUGCUGGCGGCACUAUUGUAUUGCACGUCUCGCCCGAAGCUAUCGUCCCGACUUCUGUGUUGGGAAUAGUGAGGGAUGGUGAUAUUAUCACCUGCGACGCGACUCGGCGGAUUCUCAACCUGGACCUAGACCAACAGGAAAUUGACGAACGCCUUAUGGAGCGAGCUGACAGUGGUGAGCAGUCUGCUCGCACAGAUGAGAUCAAGGUCAAGCGGGGAUAUGCCGGUCUGUACCAACGGUCGGUCAACCAGGCCCAGGAAGGGGCUGACUUUGAUUUUCUCACUGCGGCGGGCCCAAAAAGAAGAUAA